UAUUAAAAACAUAAAAGAAAAAGAAAAUCUGAGUCCCAUCAUACAAUAGUUUUAACUCUGACUGCUCAGAAUCUAAAGACUGUUUCGCCGACAAAUGUUGACUCACCCAGACUGCAUUUUGGGGCAAAAAUAUGGGCUAAAGUCAUGUGGUGUAUUCCAGCCUUUAGUCAAAAAGAUAUAUUAUUACUGGAAUUACACAGAGACAGAUUUCCUCAAACACCAUCAAAGUACCUCACAGAAACUGGACUUUGCCAAUAAUGUGCAGCUUUCACUAACUCUGGCUGCCCUGUCUCUGGGCCUCUGGUGGACGUUUGACCGUUCCAGGAGUGGCUUUGGUCUAGGGCUGACCACUGCUUUUUUAGCCACACUCAUUGCUCAGCUGCUGGUCUACAAUGGCAUCUACCAGUAUACGUCUCCAGACUUCUUGUAUGUACGUUCGUGGCUGCCUUGUAUAUUCUUUUCUGGUGGAGUGACAGUAGGAAACAUCGGCCGACAGCUAGCUAUGGGCUCAACGGAGAAGCCUCAUAAUGACUAAGUGGGUGUCAGAGGUCAUGAAGUGAGCUACAAAGAGAGCCAAAACAGAGGGCCUU